AUGGCUUUCGCAACCCUUCGUAACUCUAUCCCUUCACCGACUCGCCUGGUCCGUUCUACCAUGUCGUUCUCACAACAAGCGCGCCAGCAACUCCAGAGUCGCCCCUACUCUUUCGCUUCAUAUCUGGUAACUCCUAAAGAGUUGGACACUGCUUUGAAAAAGAACCCAGCUACAAAGAUCUCAACCGCCCCCCGCGUAGUCCCUCUAUGCGCCGCCUGGUUCAUGCCAAACGACCCCGAGGGUCGCAAAGGUAUCGACAUUUUCCGCAACCACCGCAUCCCCGGAGCUCGUUUCUUCGACCUCGAUGCCGUCAAAGAUCAUGAAUCUCCAUACCCGCACAUGCUUCCCACCGCCGAAACAUUCGCCGAAGCCAUGAGCGAGCUGGGUAUUCGCCGGGACGACGAAGUGGUGGUCUACGACUCCGCGGAGGUCGGUAUCUUCAGCGCGCCUCGUGUUGGUUGGACUCUUCGAGUCUUCGGACACCCGCGGGUCCAUGUUCUGAACAACUACAAAGUGUGGGCUGCCGAGGGUUUCCCCACGGAGACCGGAGAGCCCCAGCAGCCUGAGAAGACCAACUACCCUGUCCCCACGUACGACUCCAAACUCGUGAUCCCGUACCGGGAGCUGAAGGAGAUCGCCAAGGAGCACAGAAAGGAAGGUGCGAAAGAAGUGGAGAUCCUUGAUGCACGGUCCUAUGGCCGCUGGGCGGGCACCGACCCUGAACCGCGCCCGGGCUUGUCUUCAGGGCACAUCCCGGGCUCUAAGAGCCUUCCGUUCCAGGAGCUGCUGGACCCCGAAACCAAGACAUUCCUGCCCGGGCCCGAGCUGCGCAAGAUUUUCGAGAGCAAGGACAUCGACAUGAGUAAGUCGAUUAUCAGUUCGUGCGGCACCGGUGUAACGGCGACUAUCAUCGAGACGGCAUUGGCUGAGGCGGAAUACGGCGAGCCAAACCUUCGGAGGGUUUACGAUGGGAGCUGGACCAACGCGACCUGUUCUGUCGAUCGCCGGAGGGCAAUUAUGACGACCGGACGCAAGGUCUUCCACUGCGCCGUGGAUGAGACGGCGUUAACCACCAACAUCAGCGAAAUCAAAAAAUGGACGACCAACGGGGCCAUCACUCUGAUCGUGCCUCUGUACACCCUUGAACGCCUCCAUGCACUGAAGAGAGCCGGGUCGCAGGUCGCCAUCAAUGCCCGCGAGGCUGUCCGGUUCCUCGACCGGGUCACUUCCGGCAAGGACAACAUUUCUUCCGAGCGGGUGGCUUUGCAGGGUCCCAUGGAGCAGUACGAGAACUGGACGGAGGCAGAGAAGUUCUUCCUGCCCGAGUUCGAGGAGGAUCCGGAGGCGAACGAUGGACUCGUCUCAAACGGCCCGACGGCGCACCCCGACGAAAAGAGCAAAAUAUCUAAAAAGAACGGCGCCUCCCCGGACGAUCUUUCUCAGAUGCUACUCAGCAAGUUGAACUUUAAAAAGGAACUCGACGCAGUCUCGAACACGUCCAACGGAACCCACAGUGCACCCUCCCGCCCGUCUUCCCGGAGCUCUCGGACCAGCCCCGAAUGUGCAAACUCGCAGGUGAUAACCAACGAAGGAGGAUCCAAGGACAACAAGACGAAGCGCGCCGAGGGACAUCGCCGUUCUACGUCUGGGUCGGCCAUCCCCACGGUCCCGCCUGUGCUCAGGCCGCUGCUCAGCGCGCUGCUGUGGCGACUGCACCAGGGGCCCGAUGCUUCGAACGCCGCCAAGACUUGUAUUCUGAUUACGAACGAUCCACAGACCCAGCUUUGGGCCCAGAAAUUCGGCAUUGGGGUCAAGAACAUUCAUCAGCUGCGAACAUCGAUUCAAUACGAAGAGCGAGAGUACAAAAACCGAUGCAAAUAUGUCGAGAAGACUCAGGCGACGACCAGCGAACCGAAAUCGCUUCUUUCCUACGAGGAUGAGAGCGACGAAGACGAGCUCGUCUUCGUUCCUCGCGGCGGGCGGGGCAAGGGAGCGUCGCGCGGCGGCGGCUCCCGUGGGGUCAACAGCCGCAAGGCGCCUGUCGUCAAAAGUGUUGCCCCGCCUGUCGAGGCGACUAUGGAGAUCCCUACUCAACCUAUCGAUCCGAAUUCGUUUAGUCGUUCUCUUGGUCCCACCAAGCAGCCGCCCACGGUCGACCUUAGCACUCAGUCGGGAGCCGCACGGGGCAUCGCGGGUGCGUCUCGGAACCAUGCCAACAACCGCCGAGGCGCCUCCCGAGGCCCGACUCGUGGUAGUGGUAACAGCCGGGGCCGUGGAAAACUCUGGGUUCCUUGA